UUACGCACUACCCUACUUUCGUCGGCCUCUCGACUCCUGGAACCUGGAGGUGUUCUCGUGUUAGUCCCCCCUACGCCUCCGCCGCCGCCGCCGCCGCCGCAAUGAACUCCGGAGACGCCGAGGCAGCAGCGGCCUCCAAGAAGGCCCGGUGCAAGAAGGAGAAGAAAAAGAAGCGAAAGGACGACUGCGGAGCCGCAGAGGCUUCAGCGGCUGACGAAGAAAUCGUCCACGACAAGAAGAGGAAGAAGCAGCUGCAACAGAAGAAGAACGGAGAUGACGUGGCGGUUCCGAAUCGGAAGACCACGGUGAGCAUCGCCGUCGCCGGAUCCAUCAUCGACAACGCCCAGUCCCUCGAGCUCGCCACCCUCCUGGCAGGACAAAUCGCCCGCGCGGCGACCGUCUUCCGCAUCGACGAGGUUGUGGUCUUCGACAGCAAUUCCUCAGUGGAGAACAGCGGCGAUGACGUAGAGAGUGGCGCGCGCUUCCUUGUUCGCAUCCUACAGUAUCUGGAGACUCCACAAUACCUGCGCCGACGCCUUUUCCCGAUGCACAACAACUUGAAGUUUGUGGGGUUGCUGCCCCCACUCGAUGCACCACACCAUUUGCGCAAGCAUGAGUGGUCUGAAUUUCGUGAAGGCGUAACAUUGGAUGGGGAUCGUUCAAUGGGGACAUUUGUUGAUGUCGGAUUGAGUAAGAAUGUUCUGGUUGAGCAAAUGCUAGAACCAGGGAAGAGAGUAACUAUUGCCAUGGGUACCAAUCGUGACAUUACAACAGCUUGCAAAAGGAAAAUUGUUUCCCCUUCCUCUCCCAGGGAUGAAAUGGAAUUGUAUUGGGGCUAUAAGGUCCGGUAUGCUUCAAAUUUGGGUGGAGUUUUCAGUGAUUCACCAUACAAGGAAGGAUAUGAUUAUAUCAUUGGUACUUCAGAGCAUGGAAAGAUCAUUAGUUCAUCUGAGCUGAUCUUACCUUCCUUUAGGCACCUUUUAAUUGCAUUUGGUGGAUUGGCUGGUCUAGAAGAAUGCAUUGAAGAAGAUAGAAAUUUGAAGGGUAAAGGUGUAGAUGAUGUAUUUAAUACCUAUUUGAAUACAUGUCCCAGUCAAGGGAGCAGAACAAUAAGAACGGAGGAAGCACUUCUCAUCUCUCUCCAAUACUUCCAAGACCCCAUUAGGCGAGCUGGAUAGCAAAUGUGGGAACAGUUGCAAACUUAACAAUUAGAUGCAAAACGAAAGGUGUGCUAGUGUGGUUCAAUUCCCUCGGUGGAAUAUGCUCAUGGUCAUUAUGUUCCAGUGAAAAGGCACUUCAUCUUCAGUGAUCUCAACACUUAUUUUCGAACACCUGUGUUUAUUUCACUGAAAGAGAGCUUUAGGCGGUCGUUUACCCAUUUCAACUAUUGAAAUCUUUUUGCUGGGCAAACCUUGGGCAGGUAGAUUGUUUCGUGCCUAAGAGCAGCUAUGGACAGUUGUUAAACGCUUAUUGGGUAGCCAUGUUUUAGUGAAGAUUGUUUUCUGACCAUCCAAUUGCAUCUAUCCCAAAUCAUGAUAUACAUAUAAAUUAAAUCUUGAACAGUAGGUGGUGGCCGUUUUUAUU